AUACUUUUACUAUAAAAUAUAACAUUUCUUCAACAAUUUCAUUCACUUCAACUCAAGUAUCUCUUUGAAACCUUUUAUUCUCAUUUUCUCUCAAUGGAUCGUUCUCUUUUUCACAAAAUGACACUUAUUGAUUCAGAUUCUGACGAAGAAUUUGAGAUAGCGAGACAACUUGUUUUGGAAGGAGAAGGAUCAAGCUCACGUGGUUCUUCUAAAAAUACAUGUAGAUUCAUAAGGCGCGAUCGAUUGCAAGCCCACCAAAAUCUAUUUCGCGACUAUUUUGCUGAUCCUCCAAUCUAUCCUCACAAAUAUUUUCGAAGGAGGUUCCGGAUGAGUCGUCCUCUAUUUCUUCGUAUCCAAGCUGCAGUAGAAGCCCAUGAACCUUAUUUUGUCCAAAGACGAGAUAGUUCUGGAAGGCUUGGUUUUUCUUCCCUUCAAAAAAUAACAGUUGCUCUAAGGAUGCUUGCAUAUGGUGUCGCGGCUGAUUUUAUGGAUGAAUAUUUGAAGAUUGGAGAGACUACUGCAUUAAGAAGCCUAAAGAUGUUUGUCAAAGCUGUUGUUUCAAUUUUUUCUGAAGAGUACUUAAGAAAACCCAACAAUGAUGACAUUGUUAGAUUACUAGCAGUUGGUGAGAAACGUGGAUUUCCAGGUAUGUUAGGGAGCAUCGAUUGUAUGCAUUGGAAGUGGAAGAACUGCCCAACUGCUUGGCAUGGUAUGUAUUCUGGUCAUAUCCAUGAACCAACAAUUAUUUUAGAAGCAGUGGCUUCUUAUGAUCUAUGGAUUUGGCAUGCCUUUUUUGGGUUGCCGGGGUCUCAUAAUGAUAUAAAUAUUCUUGAUAGAUCAUUUAUAUUUUCUGACCUUGCUCAAGGGCGUACUCCGACUGUUAAUUACACUAUUAAUGGUCAUAACUAUGCAAUGAGGUACUAUCUUGCUGAUGGAAUUUAUCCGCAAUGGGCAACAUUUGUUAAAACUAUCUCAGCUCCACAAGGAAACAAGAAAAAAUAUUUUGCUGCAGCCCAAGAGUCUGCACGGAAGGAUGUGGAGCGUGCUUUUGGUGUGCUUCAAGCACGAUUUGCUAUAAUUCGUGGACCUGCACGGUUUUUCCACAUUGAAACACUCAAUGAAAUUAUGAUGGCAUGCAUAAUUUUACAUAAUAUGAUCAUUGAAGAUGAACGGGCUGACAAUGGAGAAGAAGAGUUCGAAUAUGAUCAGUUGCCAGAAACAUAUAAUGAUCCAGUGUCAACCGGCCCUACACCUGAAUUUAGCGAAUUCAUUCAACGUCAUCAUGCUCUUAGGGAUAGAAGAAUCCAUUCUCAACUCCAAACAGAUCUCGUCGAGCACUUAUGGCAACAAUAUAGUGCCGCAUAA